CUUCUGUUUAUUUUUUUUUGCGUACACGGAAUGGUUUUCUCCAUAAUAAACAUAAAAAUUAUCAGUAAGAUUCGUAAUACACAUAAACAAAAAUCGUAUCUAUUAGCAAGUAUAUUAAUGUCUACCGUACACCAGACACAUCAGUUGUAUCCAUUACUGCAAAACAGCAUACGAAAAGUUUUACUGCAAUUUGACCACUGCCAUUCAAGAUAUGAACCAAAUACUGAUUUACAUUUUGGUCGCCGUUUCCGGUGUCCACCUUACGUCAGCAGCUAGCUUUAGGAGGAGUUCAGGUAACUUUAGGAGGAGUUCGGAGAUUGAUAACUAUAUUGAAAACUACGACAUACCACAGUCAACACAGUGCUGCGUUAUACCAACGUGCAAUGAGAAGGAUAACUGUUUCGAGACAAUCAGCUGUGGUUAUAUCUGCUCAAAGGGUAUCUUCAAGUCUGCACCCCACAUGACGACACCAGGCUACAGACUGAAAGAAUCUUACUCAAAAUAUGAAUGCCACUUUGGUGAAUGCAAGGAGUACAAGUUUCUUUGCAGCUCGUGUCCUGAUCCAAGUCAUCCCGAUUUUAAUAUGCACGCCGUGAGGAAGGAUUGCCUCAACUGUUAUUACUAAGGUUGAAAAGAUCGGAACUACAUUACAAAAUACAUAAUUCUAGCUUUAAUUUAUUUAUUAUCUUGUUAAACGGUAUUUAUUAGUAUUUUAUGUUGAUAUUAAAGAUUGCAAAGGAGUGAGUCGUGUGUUUUUCUG